CGCAUCUGAAAUGUGAAAAAGUAAAAAUGUGAAAAAGUAAAAAGAAAUGUAAGAAAAUGUGAAAAAUUCAAUCGUACUAAAAAAUUAUUUUUCCUGGCGUGCAGACGUUCGCGAUCGAACCUCCUUCUCUAAACUUGGUCGGAUUCUUCAUAGCAGUGUUCACCUAUAUAUACUUAUCCUAUAUGUUCUUAUCACUUCCUUCUGUAUGACAAACCUCUCGACAUUUCGCGGCAACGUUUCAGUUGACCUGGGCUCGUUCAGCGAGACUGUUGUCAUCUCAUUGUUUGGACGUCGGUGGCCGAUCGUCUUUUUUUUCUCUCUUUGUGUAUUUUAUUUUGCGUGUUCAAUAUGGCAAAGUUGAAAAACUUGAUGGAGUCGAAGUCGGACGAAAUUCAAAAUUUUUUGGAUUCCUUCGAUACGAUUGUGACUGACUGCGAUGGUGUCCUGUGGACUGGCAAACAACCCAUUGAAAAAUCUCUUGAGACUAUCGAAAAGCUUGAAAAAUUAGGAAAAAAAAUUAUUUUCGCGUCAAACAAUAGCACGCUAUCGGUCGAAGAUUAUUGUGAGAAGUUUCGGAAAUUUGGUUACCCUGCCGCUCCCGAGCAGAUUGUAAUCCCUUCGAUAGUUAUAUGCUGGUACUUGAAGAAUCGAAAGUUUGAUGGAAAAGUUUUCGUUGUGGGGACCACGACUUUCUGUAAAGUAAUAAAAAAUGAAGGGGUCUUUGUCGCUGAACCUUGUCCCGAUCGUAUAAUCGAAGGUUACGAAGAAAUAACGGAACAGUUCCAAGCUGACUUGGACGUAAAAGCUGUCAUAAUAGACAUGGAUGUCAACGUAACUUGGUUGAAAAUCAUAAAAUCGAUAAGAUACCUAAAGGACAGAAACGUUUUGUAUCUAGCCGGUGCCCUGGACCGUAAAAUCCCAUUUGGAAAGAAUAAAACUAUUUUGGGGAUGAGUCCUUUCGUUGAUUUGAUAUCAGAGGAGACUGGCAGAGAACCCAUAGAAUGUGCCAAGCCGAGUAUAAUUUUCAAAUCUUAUAUCAUCGACAAAUACAAACUUGAUGACCCUUCGAGGUGUCUUUUCAUCGGAGACUCAUUUGAGAACGACAUGCAGUUCGCGGAUCUCUGUGGCUUCCAAAAACUGUGGGUCGCUUCUGGAAUUGACACUCUUGAAUCUAUACAGAUCGAUGGAAAACGAUCGACGGCUAACGAUCGUUACUCCAUCCCCCAUUACUAUCUCCCGAGCCUCGGACACCUGCUUGACCGUCUGAACAAUUAAUGCAUCAGCGAAACCGUGCAGAAAUCAUUAAUAAACUUAACUUUCCGUAGGCACGACACUCCCUUUGAGGUCACACACUGACCACACAAGUGUUAAUUUAUACUUGAACUUUUCAAAACUCUUUAUUUCAUUCAUGAAUGUAUGGAAUUAAUCUUACAACGAGACAUUUAAAGGGUAGAAAUUCCUCAGUGAUCGAUUGCACUCAUUUAAAAAAUUGAAAAAUAAAGUUUUGUUAUAGAAAAA